AUGUUGUGGAUAUUAUUGGUAUCGCCGGCGGCGCUGUCGCUGCUGCCCAUGCUGCUCAAUUAUCGCGGAGUUGUGGCAAAUGUCACGGUAAUGGAUGACAUUAGGAACGCCUUCAGGGGCGUCACCAACGACACCGAGCUGCUGGACCACAUUAUACCGGAAAUGUACGGUUCAAGUAUGCGCAGCGCGAAUCCCACCUUUGUCUUCAGAAUGCCCACUCGUGGCAGCGGUGAUGGCUACGAACUGCUCACCAUGCAGCGUUCGGAUUUUGCGGAGCCAAUCUUUCCCAAUAUCACCGAAGUAUCAGCCACGACCAGCACGGCUCCCUUGACAGCUGAGCCGCCGGAAACGAAUGUGAAGACCAGCCUGGUGACCUCGCCCCACGCCGAAUGGCAGCAAAUGGGCCUGGAAGGAUGGUCGGGCGAACUGAAGCCUCCGCUUCCCUGGCUGGAGCAGAGCCACAAGGACACUCAUCCAGCGAUUAGCUGGCAGAAUACAUAUCCGCGCGAUGAGAUACUCCUGGAUCUGAAGAACAAGCACUUCGAUGGCCGCGUGACCGACAUACGGGUCAUAGCUGCCACAAGUGGUAGGCCUGCAGAGAUGGAGGAUCUGAUGAACGGACAGAACGUGUAUAUUGCGCGGGUGAACGAUCCCUUUGGCUACUCCAUGAAGUGGACGUUUAACAAUGCCAGCAGCCAGAAGCCGGGUCCAGACCCAGAGCCUUUGGAAGAGCAAAAAAUGGGCGCGGAUCGCGGCAAACGGGAUGUGGCCAAGCUGUACUCCAUGAUCAAGUGCUCGACGGGCUGCGAUCCGCUGAUAUACAAGGGAUACGGCUGCUACUGUGGCUUCGGUGGCCAUGGGGUGCCCGCCGAUGGCAUCGAUCGAUGCUGUCGCCUCCACGACAAGUGCUACGGCCAGAGCAACUGCAUCUCCUACUUGGAGUACUUUGUCCCGUACGUGUGGAAGUGCUAUCGGGGCAAGCCCCUUUGUGCCGUCGAUCACGGCGAGUGGGGGGGUCCCGACUCCUGUGCGGCCCGUCUCUGCCAGUGCGAUCUGCGGCUCUCGCGAUGCCUCAAGAAGUACUACUGUCCCAAGCGAAGGUCCAUUUGCCACUCAUCCCGAUCGCGACGCUUGCAAAAUUUAAUAUUCUUCGAUUAG